GGAGGACAAUAGAUGUCGAUUCUAUGUAGGAAUCUAGCUAGCCUAUAUACUUAUAGGAAAGGCCCAUGCAGGCCUAACGUACGCUAGAUCUACUGUAACAAGCGUGCCUAUAGUAGAUCUAUACAUCACGUGCCCUUACAUUACGUGCACGGCGGCCGAAUAUCAACCGAACAUCGAGAAUUCCACAAGGGUGAGUGACGGUUGCUUGUCAGUGGUACACUCGCUUCACAUUGUUGGAAGUCUCGGUGCAUGCACAUGUCGAAGUGUUAUGCUCAGAGUCUUACAUCUUUUCUGUUCAUGUCGCAACGCUACAUGAGCUAGAAAUCAUAAGCCAUGUCUUUCACAACCUACAAUGUAUACCGAAUCGAAUACGAACUUGGACUUCAAGAUCCUCUCAUGGAACAGCCCACCAAACGUUAUCACAAUGUCAUCUUCAUCGAGACCGAUGUUAAUGGCAGAGGUCGAAAACUCCAGGUCACCGGUGCCAUCGGUGACUUAAAUGGAAUGGUGUUCGUUGAAGAACAAGGGCUCAAGCCAGAGAACACGGACGGCUUCUGGAGGAAGUCUUACUUAGGUCAGAUCCAGGCGUCUGAUUAUGGGAAGGUCGUAGAGCUACUGAAAGGUCUUGACCCGCCUCCCCGUCAGAGGAUUUUCGAUACCACGACAAUGGCAUGGCAGAAAUGCAAGCCGGAUGGAACACUUUACGGCCCACAAGAGGAGGUUCCUCCGUACAGGAAGUGCACUGAAUGGACGUUGGAGGAGGCGAUACCUGCUCUAAUUAAAUCCGGGUUUUUGCAUGCUCACGGCGUGGCAUUACAAAGGGAGUGAAAGCCUAAACCUAUUUGUUUGGAUUUUAUACAAGUUUGUAGCCGUGAUACAGCCCUUCAGCAAUUAGGAACGCUGGGCUCCUGCGCCUGGGGAAUAUGCAACUUGGUCCAUCCUGCGAAGUAAACCCUGCUAGCGCCAG